UGAAGGAUCAUUAUGCUAAAACAUGCCAACACAAACAUUCUAGUUGACUUAGUCAUUUAGUUGGAUUAUAAAUUUUAAUCUAUUAGGUUGACUAAGUCAUUUAAUUGGAUUUUGUGGAAAAGUUGUUGAAUCUUGUUGCUCUAAAGUUCAAAGGGAGAUUUCUGCUCUUGGUGAUCCAAAUUUGUGGUUUGGAGGAAGAAGAACAUUCUUUACUAUGCUUUCCCCUAAUCUUAUGUUGCAAAGAAAUAUAUCUUGGUUUAGGCUUCUUCUUCUUUUUUGUGUGUGUGUGUGUGGCAAUAUGCAUGUCUUUUGGAUUUGCAUUGUUAAUGAGUGUAACAUAUUCCAGUCUCUUGAACAACCUCAAUGCAGGUUUGAACUUAAUGGUUAGGUGUAGAAAGGAUCCAAGGUCAUAGGUUCUGUGAAAGAAGUCCCAAUGUUUGUACCCUUGUUUGAACUGGCAUAGAAUCCCAAUAGAAAAUGCAUUAUGCACAGUAAGUCAUCAGUUUAUGGCUUGACAUUGUCUUGGAGUCUGAUGCCAUUUAAUCUUUGAACUGCUUGCUAUGGUGAUGGAUGGUGAGAAAACUACCAAUCCAUUGUGCUCUUCAAAUGCAUUCAGCUUGUAUGUUUAGGAUAAAUAAAACUGGCUUGCAUUGCUAUUGGUUAAGGUGAAAGUGUGUGGAAUCGAUGGACACACGGGGGGACAUAACAGAUCUAGUUGAUUAUUUCAUGGAGUUAUGAGGGAGCAAAGUCACCAAUGGAGCAUUUGUGGUGGCCUGGUGGGCUUUGUAUAUUUGUUGAAGGGAUUUGUUUUUGGACGAAAUCUGUUCACUGCCAUGCUCCUUUCAAGAGUUUUUGCGAGGACCCUAUUUACUGCAGCCAAACCCCAAACUUCUGCUGCGGCUGCCUCUACUGCUAGGUCGGGUUAUAAUCCUCUUGAGGAGUUCUUUGAGGCAGAUAGAAGCCCAGAUGAUGACAAACCUGUUGUCUACGGACGAAGUUGGAAGGCUACUGAGCUCCUUGUUAAAUCUUGGGAUGAUCUUCACAAGCUGUGGUGUGUUCUAAUGAAGGAAAAAAACUUGCUAAUGACUCAACGUCAGAUGCUUCAUUCACAGAACCUACAGUUUUCUAAUCCAGAGCGUAUCCCCAAGGUGAGGAAGUCCAUGUGCCGAAUCAAGCAAGUGCUUACCGAAAGAGCUAUCGAGGAUCCAGAUUCUAGGAGGUCUUCUGAAAUGAAAAGGAUGAUAAAUGCUCUAUGAUCAUUUCCACUUUGCCUUUCUGUGCGCGUUAGCACUGAUGAGGGUUUGUUGGUUUACUGUAACGAUGUCUUGUACUCUCUUCUUGUCAGGGUGGAUCACGGAUGAUUCUUAUUCCCGACACUAGUCGAUCAGCUUUUCUUGGUUUUAUGAAUUGACGAUCGGCUUCUGGUGAUUUUACAGAUGCUACAUAACUAUAUGAGGGGGAUGAGUUAUAUAAGCAACUGUGAUUCGUUGA